GAUGUUGUGGUUGGUGUGUGGUUGUGAAUAGAUAGAUAGAUAUGGCAGUCUCGGUUUCAGAGAUUGUUGGACUAGGAAGAACUUCCAAGAAUUGCUUGUUAUCGCGUUUCAGCUGGAAAGUUAAUGUUAAUCCACCAAACAAGGCCUUAGUAUACACUCUCUUCCCUACAACUACUAUAAGGAAAUGGUCUAGUGUUGUACGAGCUCAGAACUCUACAACUUCUUCAUCUCAAAAGGAGGAUUCAGUGUAUGUGUCAAAGCUAGUGGUGGGUUCUUUUGCUGGUGCAGCUGCAAUUAAAUAUGGAAGUGCUAUUUUCCCUGAGAUAACCACUCCAAACCUUGUGCUGGCUCUUGUUAUCAUCUCAACACCUGUUCUUGUUGCUGUUCUUCUUUUGAUAAAUCAAAGUCGUCGCCCCGAGCCAUAGACAUAGUAUUACUUAUCUAUCAAUCAAAACAGUGUAAUUAUCUUUUGUUUAUUUAUUGUUUUGUAGCAUUUGCAUGAUUUCUGUCAAAAGUACAUCAAUAAUACCAGAGAUGUUUGAUACAUUUCCAAAUGAAUAAUCAAGUACUCAUCAUACCUUAUUUCUCA